AUGAAUACAAAUAGAACUGAUAAUGGUUUAUUACAGGAUGUUUAUUUUGGUCCUUGUAUUUUAAUUGAUUCUGCCCAUGUAAACAUCUAUAAGAAAAAUUCCCCCUCUAAGAAUUCAAUAACUUCGGAUAUUAGUUAGAAGGAAAUCGAAUAAUCUAAUAAUGUUUCUCAAAAUGCGGAAGUGUUACCAUUAAAUCUUCAAAUUUAGAAAGCUAAGCAAAACUUCAGGAAUAAGGGCAAUCUUAAUUAAUAAUCAUAAAGUAAUUUCAUUAAGGGCAGCAAGAGACAAUUACUGGAACCAAAAUAAUAGAAAUUGGAACGACCUUCUUUUAUGAGAACCCUAGUUAAAAAUAACAUCAUCAAUAAAUUUAAAAAUAACCUAUUUUCAUCAUCAUAUGUCCUUCCAAAUUAAAUGAAAUACAUCUUAGAAAAUGAAAGCUACAUAUAAGAAUAAAAAGAAAAAACAAAAGUUAAUUAAACCAAAAUAGAGAUGAAGUAUUACAAUUAUAUCUUUAAGUCAGUAAAGAAAAUGGACAAGCAAGCAAAGUUUCUGAAUUAAGUAUACUGCUUAUGCCUGGUAAAAAUCUAACAAUUUUAUGGGAUUUCAUUUCUUUAUUUGUUUUGUUUCUAAGAUUAUUUUUUUGCACUAUGAUUUCAUCCUUUGGUUAAUAGGAUAAAUUUUUCAAAGGAAUUGAAUUUUUCUUUAAUAUUUACCUCCUAUUUGAAAGUGUCCUAACUAUAUAUAGGCCUGUUAUUCUCUAAGGUGAAAUCGUUAGCGAACUUUCGUAAAUUUGGAUUCUUUAUUCGAAAAAUUAAAUGCUAGAAGAUUUAUCAAGUUUCAUUAUUUGGUUUUUGAUUUAUUUUGAUUUGAAUGAAAUCUUAGUAUUAAAUGAAAUUUUAGCCAUAUCAUAAUUUGUAUUAACAGUUAGAUAAAUAGCAAGAAAAUAUAAUAUUCAAAUUGAAUAAUUAUAUUUAAAAGGAUUUAAUAGUCACUUUCUAGAUUUAAUAAGUCUAUUCAUUAUUAUUUGUUUCUUUGCUCACUUAAUGGCUUGUUUAUGGCAUUAUAUUGGUUAUAUUACUUUGAAUUAAGGUUCAUGGUUAACAUAUUAUGAGAUCACAAAUGAAAAUAUUUGGGUGAAAUACAAUAUUUCAUAUUAUUGGGCUACAAUGACAAUGGUUACUGUUGGAUAUGGAGAUAUUACACCUAAAAAUUAAGUUGAAGUAACAUUUGUAUCAAUAGUAAUGAUAUCUUCUAGUUGUAUGUUUGCUUAUUCAAUGAACUCAAUAGGAGUUAUAGUUAAAACUAUUUAUGAUGAAAAGACAAGAUUUAAGUAUUGAUUUAUUUAUAUAAUAAUAGGAAAACAUUAAUAUUGAUGAAUAAAUUUAUGUCAAAUAAUGAAGUAGAUUCUUAAAUCUAAAGUAGAGUUAAGAACUAUAUUAAAUUUAGUAUAGAACAUGAAGUAUUGGAGAAUAAAGAAGAAACAACUAAAAUCAUAAAUGAUUUACCAGUUGGUUUAAGAAAAGAAUUAGAAUCAGAUAUAUAAUAAAAAACUAUUUAAAAGAUAAAGAUCAUAACAGAUUAUUUUUCAAUUCAAACUUAAGAUUAAGUAAAAAACAUUCUAAUACCAGUCAAAUUUACCCCAAAAGACAUAAUAUAUCAUAGAGAAGAUGUUAAAGAUAAAAAUUUGUAUUAUAAUGUAUAAAAUAUUUUAGAUAUUUCAUUUCAGAAGGGGAAGUACAAAUUUUAGAAGAGCAAAGUUAAAAGAUUAUAAAAAGAUUAAAAGCAGGAGAUGUUUUUGGUGAAUUUUAAUUUUUUACAGGAUAAAAUACUAAAGAAUCUACUAUAAGUGUGGGAUUUACAUAAUUAUAUCGGAUAGAUAGAGAUAAAUUUAUAAAUAUCAUUAAAUAAACACAAAAAGAUUAUGAAAAAUUUCAUAAAAUUAAAGAUUCUAUUUUAUUUUCUAAAAAUUAUACAAGCAUUUUAACUAAAUGUUUUUUAUGUAAUAAAUUCUCACACAAAGAUAUUGAAUGUCCUUAUUUAACAUAUUAACCUUCUAAAUAUUUAAAAAUCUUAAAAUUUAAUAAAUUUGAUCAUAAUGAAAGAUAAAAAUAUAAAAGAAAUGAAAGUAAAAAAAUAAAAGCAUAACUUGAUUAAUAAUAAAUUGAAGCAAGUAUUAGAGAGUUUUAAGAAUUUUUAUCAGAAUCAAUUUUAGAAGAAUUCAAUAAUUAAGUUUUAACAUAUUAAGUAUCUGACACUAGUGGUUAAGUAGAAACAAUACCAAUAGAAGAAAUGGGAGAAAAAUCUAUGAAUUCUAUUAAUAAAAAUAUUCAAUAAAAUGGAAUAAGAAGGGGAUCUUAUACACCAAAUUUGGAUAAUAAUAAUAUUAAUAAUGAAAAAAAGAAAUCUAUAGUUAUACCUAAAAAAAAAUUAUCUUUUUCAGAAGAUGAGAGAAGAAGAACAUAAAUUUAUAGAGAAACUUUAAUAUUUAAAUAAUUAGAUUAAUUUUAGGUUAAAUAAUAAUUCUAUGUAUUGGAAGGAUUUGAUAAAAUGUAAAAUUAUAUAGAUUAUUUUCCAUAUAAUAAUGCAAAUUAAGUAAUCAGAAAUGCUAAUAAAGAAAAACCAAAAAGUAAAUAAAUUAAACCUUAAGUCUUUAAAUUUUCUAAUAGUUUUAGAGUGAUGAAAAAUAUGUGA